AUGGUUCCAACAAAAGGAGUGCAUGGAAUUCAAGCUUCUUCUUCCAACAAGGCUUUAGAAACUAGAAUUGAUGAGCUUACUUCAUUGAAUACGGGUUUAACCAUUCAGUUGGCAAACAUGAGCAAUGCCCGCCCUACUGGAGUAGUAGAAGAUGUACUUGUUCAAGUUAAUGACUUGAUUUUUCCUGCUGAUUUUUAUAUUCUGGAUAGGGCUGGAAAUGAACCAAAUCAACUCGAAAAUAGUUCGAGACUCGAUUCGAUAAUUAAUUCGUUGGACUUGUGGAUCAACCAGUCAUUUGAUGAGACAUUUAAAACAAACAUGUCAUGUUUACAAGAAGCUAGUAGCACAACAAAAAAAUUAAACUUUCGGCCAGCAAAAAGCAAGAUUGAUGAGAAGCUUUUUGGACCACUACUAAUGAAUUCAGGAGGUAAAUAUGACCAUGAAAGACAACGAGAAGCCACCACACAUUGGAUUAUGAUGCAUGAACAUGCAUUUAGUAUUGUUGAGGAAGAAGGUUUUCAUUUUAUGAUGAAGUGUUCUAAUAUUUCAUAUGAGAAAAUUAGUCGGAAGACAUUGAAGAAUGAUUGUAUUACUGUUUAUGAAGCUGAAAGAAAAAAGUUGAAGUCUACUUUAAGGACAGUAAAUAAGAUUUGUUUGACCACUGAUUUAUGGAAGUCACAAAAUCAGAAGAUAGAAUACAUGGUGUUAACUGGCCAUUUCAUUGAUGCUGACUGGGUUUUGCAGAAACGCAUUCUUAGUUUAGUUCAUGUUCCUCCUCCUCGGCGUGGUGUUGAUAUUGCUGAUGUUAUCUUCAAAUGUCUUAAAGAUUGGGGUAUUGAAAAUAAAAUAUUUAGUGUGUCAGUGGAUAAUGCACAUUACGACGAUAGAUGUUUGAAAGAGUUAAAAGUUCUGAUUUUAAUGCACCGGAAAUUAGUGUUAGAUGGAAAGUUAUUUCAUGUGCGUUGUUGUGCGCAUAUACUAAAUUUGUUUGUUCAAGAUGGUAUUGGGAAAAUAGCAAAAAUAGUUGAAGACGUGCGUGAAAGUGUGAAGUUCAUCAAUCAGUCUGAAGCAAGGUUGCAAACAUUCUCACAAAUAGUUCAACAACUAAAGCUUGGUGGUAAAAAAUUAAUUCUUGAUUGCCCUACUCGUUGGAACUCCACCUAUCAAAUGUUGUCAGUUGCAAUGCAGUUCAAAGAAGUCUUCCCUUGUUUUCAAGAUCGAGAAGCAAGCUAUACAACUCUUCCAGAUGAUGAUGAUUGGGAAAAGGUUGAAAAAGUUUCCAAGUUGCUAGAGGUAUUUAAUGUUGUUACAAAUAUUAUUUCAGGUAGUGAAUAUCCAACUGCUAACUUAUAUCUUGCUGAGGUAUUUCGAAUCAAACUAGUUUUAGAUCAAGCUAUCCAAGAUGAAUCUGAUUUUAUGAAAGAAAUGGCAAAAGCGAUGAAGGGAAAAUUUGACAAAUAUUGGAGCCAAUGUAAUCUUGUUAUGUCGCUUGCUUCUGUUUUGGACCCUAGGAUCAAAAUGAUGGGUGUUAAAAUGUGUUUUCCCUUAAUUUAUCCGGAAGUUGAAGCUAGAAAAAAUAUAGAAAAUGUGCGUAUCGCGCUUGAUGAUAUGUACAAAGAGUAUGCUGAUAUACUUAGUGAGCAUAGUGAAGAAGGAUCUAGUAGAAGUGGUGUUGAUCAAAAUGGGCUUAUUUUGGAGUCACAAAAAUCCUCAGGGUGGUCAUUGUUAAUGAAUUAUGUCGAAGAACAACAAGCAAUUCCUGCUGUAAAAUCUGAAAUUGAAGAGUAUUUGAAUGAGUCAACUUACAAACCUAAAGAUAACGGUCAUAUGUCAUUUUGUGCCUUGGAAUUAUGGAAAUUGAAUUGUGGAAAAUAUAGAGUGUUGUCCCAUAUGGCAGCAGAUGUUCUUGCCAUUCCAAUAUCUACUAUGGCUUCGGAUUCAACCUUUAGCGCCGGAGGGAGAGUUAUCGAUUCAUUUCGAGCUUCUUUAAGUUCAUCUACUAUCGAAGCUUUAAUUUGUGGUGGUGAUUGGCUUCGAAUAUUGCAUGGAAUUAGGAACAAACCUAAGGUGGAGCAAGUGCAAACAGAAAUUACAUUACUCCCUUGA